GGAAAAAAAGUUGGGUUUGGGUGUAGGGAGCAAAAGUUUCUGUCGGUGGAAGCAGGUCCCAUCCUAGGAAGCAGCUUCUCUCUCCCUACAGAGGAUGCAACGGGCUGGCCAAGAACUGAGCAUAUAGAACACAUCUUGUGGCUUUACUAUUUGUUGGAGCAGUCAUGGCCAAGCUCCAUGUGCUGUGUUUGCUGCUUGCCAUCACAUGUGGAUCUCUCUUGGCACAGAAUGGUGAUCAAAAAUCUUGUGCAGAUAAAACCAAAUGUCCAGUCAAUGUCUUCUUCAUCAUUGACACAUCCGAGAGUAUAAUUCUACAGACGGCUCCAAUUCAGAGCUUGCUGGAUCAUAUGAAGCGUUUUAUUCCAGCCUUCUUGUCAAAGCUAGAAAAUGCUGCCUACCGGGACCAGAUCCUUCUGAACUGGCAGUAUGCAGGCCUGCAUUAUUCAGAUGAAGUCCAAAUCUACAGCCAACUUACUGCCGACCAGAAGGAAUACAUUACAAAACUACGUGGAGUCCAAUACAUUGGACGGGGUACCUUCACCGACUGCGCCAUUGCUAAUAUGACAUCACUACUUGAUGCAGCAAUAAAGGCUCAGGCUGACCAAGGUCAACAAGUCGUGAAUUUUGCAGUAGUGAUCACAGAUGGUCAUGUGACUGGUAACCCAUGUGGAGGAAUGAAGGCACAGGUUGAAUUAGCCCAGUCUAAAGGGAUCAAGCUGUUCUCAGUAGCUGCAAGUCAAUCUGUGUAUGAGUCUGGUCUCAGGGAGAUUGCAAGCCAACCUUAUGAGCUGUUCAGGAACGCAUAUACAGUGACCAAUCCUAAUGACCAAACUGAGAUCGAUCAGAGAACCAUUGAUAAAAUCAUUCAAGUUAUGAAACACGAAGCUUAUGGAGAGUGUUAUAAACUGAGCUGCCUAGAGAUUAAAGGACCCCCUGGUGUACAUGGACAGAGAGGACAGAAGGGUGCCAAAGGAAAUGCUGGUGAACCUGGAACCAUUGGACCGAAAGGUCGGCAGGGAGACCCUGGAAUUGAAGGACCAAUUGGAUAUCCUGGACCUAAGGGUGUUCCAGGUUUGAAAGGUGAAAAGGGAGAUUUUGGAGCAGAUGGAAGAAAGGGAUCUGCUGGGCUGGCUGGAAGAAAUGGUACAGAUGGACAGAAGGGUAAACCUGGUCGAAUUGGUGCUCCUGGCUGUAAGGGAGAUCCUGGCGAUAAGGGCCCUUCUGGUUAUGCAGGAAAUGCUGGAGACAGAGGAGAAGAUGGAGACCCUGGACCAAAGGGUGAUGCUGGAAGGCCUGGACGUGGUGGACCACCAGGGGCAUUCGGAGAGAAGGGAGAUAAGGGUCCCUCUGGAAAUACUGGGGCUCCUGGAGCUUCAGGUUUAAAAGGAAAUAAAGGAGGCCCCGGGACAGGAGGACCAAAAGGAGAGCCAGGUCGCAGAGGAGAUCCUGGCAACAAAGGAAGUGCAGGUACUGAUGGAUCCAACGGAGAGAAGGGAGAUCCUGGUCCAGAGGGUCCACGCGGACUUGGCGGAGAAGCUGGCAUAAAAGGAGGAAAGGGUGAUCGUGGAGCUCCAGGACCAAGAGGAGCACAGGGACCUGUUGGAGUUGCUGGCAGAAAUGGUUCACGUGGAGACCCAGGGGACAUGGGUGAGAGAGGAAACCCAGGAGGACCAGGACUUAAGGGAGACAGAGGAAGACCUGGUAUCAGCUACCCAGGACCACGGGGAUCUCCAGGUGAUAAAGGAGACAACGGACCACCAGGACCUCUGGGAGGACGUGGAGACUUUGGACAAAAGGGAACACCUGGACCUAAAGGAGUGAAGGGAGAGGGUGCUGACAAAGGAUCCACAGGGGAGCCUGGCCCCCGAGGGCCACCUGGUGAAUCCGGGGGUGAGGGUGGCAGUGGACCUCCAGGUGACCCUUCUUUGACUGAAUGUGAUGUCAUGACAUACGUGCGAGAGACAUGUGGAUGCUGUGACUGUGAAAAGCGCUGUGGUGCUCUGGACAUUGUCUUCAUUAUUGACAGCUCUGAAAGUAUUGGCUACAGCAAUUUUACUCUGGAGAAGAACUUUGUCAUCAAUGUUGUAAGCAGGCUAGGAUCCUUCGCCAAAGAUCCAGGCUCUGACAUAGGUACUCGAGUUGGAGUUGUCCAGUACAGUCACGAGGGUACGUUUGAAGCUAUUCAGUUAAAUGAUCCCCGCAUUGACUCUCUGUCCAGCUUCAAGGAGGCAGUAAGGCGUCUGGAAUGGAUUGCUGGAGGAACAUGGACCCCAUCAGCUCUGCAGUUUGCCUAUAAUACGCUAAUCAGGGAGACGAGACGCAACAAGGCCGAAGUUUUUGCUGUAGUAAUCACUGACGGUCGCCACGACCCAAGAGACCCUGAUGAGGGUCUGACUUCACUGUGUGGUGUCGAUAUCACGGUAAAUGCAAUUGGCAUUGGUGACAUGUUCAACAAAGAAGAUGAUCCUGAGACCCUGACUUCCAUCGCCUGCAACAACAAAAGUCAAGUCCAGAAGAUGAAACUUUUCUCUGAACUUGUUGCUGAUGAAUUCAUAGAAAAUAUGGAGAAGCGACUGUGUCCAGACCCUCAGAUUGUGUGCCCAGACCUGCCCUGUCAAUCAGAGCUUGCCGUUGCCCAGUGCACACAGCGCCCAGUGGAUCUCGUCUUUCUUCUGGAUAGCUCUGAGAGAAUUGGAGCACAAAACUUCAAACAAGCAGCAUCCUUUGUAGAAGAGGUCUCUAGACAACUGUCACUGGCCAAGAAGGAUGACGACACAGCCAACGCCCGUGUGGCCCUGCUGCAGUAUGGGGGAGAAAAGGAGCAGGCUGUGGCAUUCAGUCUUACCUACAACCUGACUGAGAUUUCCCAAGGGCUUUCACGUCUCACUUACUUUGACUCAUCCUCGAACAUCGGAAGUGCCAUCAUUUAUGCCAUCAACAACAUCCUUCAAGACAAGACCAGAAGAGCAAGGCGAUUUGCAGAGACCUCUUUUGUCUUAAUCACUGAUGGUGUUACUGGUGAGGUGGACCUGAAGGAGGCUGUCACAGCAAUGAAGAAGAAUAAUGUGGUCUCCACCCUGGUUUCUGUUGGAACAGACCUUGACAUGCAGGUUCUAAGGGAGCUUAGUUUAGGCGAGAGUGCAGCCAUCUUUAAAGAGAAGGAAUAUGCCAGGCUGGCUGAAAAUGCCUUUUUGGACAGAUUUGUGCGUUGGGUGUGCUAAUUGAGAAAACAGAGAAGUUGUUCCUAUUACUCAAUGCUCUACAACUAUUUUCAUUUUUCUUAGUGAUGUGUUGAAUUCUAGUAAAUGUCUGAGCUGAAUUCAUACAUAGGAUUCCACACAGGUUGCUGCAGUUUGAAAAGGAGAGAUUUAGUUACAGAGCAUUGUGUAAUGAACAAGUGUGGUCUUACAGGAAGAUGUUUAAAUAAAUCUGGUUUAAUUACUGUGCUACUCUACGGAUUGACUUAUCCACAAGUCGUAUAAUGGCAUUGUAAUUAAGAGAUCAAUUUCUCAUGACUUAAUAAAUCAAGAGUAGAUUAAUAAUAAUAAAAAUCCAGAAAAACUCAGGGCCUAU